UUCUUUAUACAUAGAAAAAAAAAGCGGGAAGGAAAAUGUCUUUUAUAAACAAAUUUAUCGAUAAAGCAAAAGGUUCUCGUCAACAGCAACAAAGUGACAACCAAAAGGAAUUACAUAAUCAAUCUUCUUUUUCAACCACUUCAUCUCAACACACAGAAGCGACUGUUGUUAAAAGUAGUUCAUCUCGACAAGAUGGUAAAGAUGAGGACUUGGAAGAUUUAAUUGAGUCUCUUCAACAAUUGAAGAAAGAUAAGCCAGCUAAUAAUGCUGAGUUUAAUAAUAAUAACAACAACAACAACAACAACAACAACAACAAGGCACCAAUGGACAAUAAACCAGACAAUUACCAGCAACAAACACAGGCUCGCAAUUAUCGAACCAACAAUUACACCUCAGUUUACAAUGAUCAAGCCAUCAUUAAACAACGUCAAGAUCGACCAAGACUUAAAUUAGCGGACUUUAAUAUGUUGCGCACACUCGGCACUGGUUCAUUUGGUCGUGUUCAUCUUGUCCAAUCCCGUGUCAAUGCGAGAUAUUAUGCCAUCAAAGUAUUGAAGAAGUCAGAAGUAGUUCGACUAAAGCAAGUAGAACACACAAACAAUGAAAAGCAUAUUUUGGAGUCAGUAGCACAUCCUUUCUUGGUUAAUAUGUGGGGUACUUUUCAAGAUGCUGUUAAUUUAUACAUGGUCAUGGAUUAUGUUCCUGGUGGUGAAUUGUUUUCUGUUCUUCGAAGAUCCAAGCGUUUUCCUGAUCAUGUUGCUAAAUUCUAUGCUGCUGAAGUUAUUUUGGCCAUUGAAUACAUGCACUCUAAAAAUGUCAUUUAUCGUGACUUGAAGCCCGAGAAUUUGUUACUUGAUAGUCAGGGUCAUAUCAAAAUUACUGAUUUUGGGUUUGCAAAGCAUGUUCCAGACAUUACUUGGACUUUGUGUGGUACACCAGACUAUCUAGCACCCGAAAUUAUUCAGUCAAAGGGUUAUGGUAAAGCUGUUGAUUGGUGGAGUUUAGGUGUCUUGGUAUUUGAAAUGUUAGCAGGUUACCCACCAUUCUAUGAUGACGACCAUCUUAAGUUGUACGAAAAAAUUCUUGCUGGUCGUGUCAAGUAUCCUCAGUACUUUAUACCUAAUUCAAAGGACUUUUUGAAGCGCUUGUUAACUGCUGAUUUGACAAAACGUUAUGGUAAUUUGAAGGACGGAAGUGAAGAUAUCAAGAGACAUGCUUGGUUUCAUGGUGUCGAUUUCAACCGAGUGUUAGCACGACAAAUUCGACCUCCUUAUGUACCAAGCAUUCGUGGUGAAGGUGAUGCUAGUCAUUUUGACAGAUAUCCUGAAACAGACGAACAAUAUGGCAAUGAAACUGCUGUUGAUCCUUUUAGAAAUCUUUUCCCUGAUUUCUAGUAAAAAAACACAUAUAUACGCUUAUAACCUAAUAAUAAUACAUACGCAUACACAGGCAGGCCCUUGAAAAAAUAACUCAAGUAUCCCAUUUGGCUGUCAAUAAAGUCUCUGCUUUUCUUUGUUCUUUUGUA